CCUCCGCUGCCCCCCCCCAGCUCGCAGGCCGCCGCCGCCAGCGCCCCCGUGCCCAUGUACGUGGCGGGGGGGCAGAUCUUGGGGACCCCCCCGGCCCAGGGUGGGGGCGGCGGGACCCCCGGAGGAGGAGGAGGAGGAGGAGGAGGAGGAGGAGGAGGAGGAGGAGGAGGAGGAGGAGCCUACGUCAUCCAGGGGGGGUACGUGGGGGGGGGCGGCGGCGCCUACGCUCACACCACCCGCGCCUCCCCCGCCACGGUGCAGUGGCUGCUGGACAACUACGAGACGGCGGAGGGGGUGAGCUUGCCGCGCAGCGCCCUGUACUGCCACUACCUGCUGCACUGCCAGGGCCACAAACUGGAGCCCGUCAACGCCGCCUCCUUCGGGAAGCUGAUCCGCUCCGUGUUCAUGGGGCUGCGCACGCGGCGCCUCGGCACCAGGGGUAACUCCAGUACCCACUACUACGGCUUGCGCAUCAAGGCGGGGUCGCCGCUGCUGCGGCUGGUGGAGGAGCAGCAGCACCUGGCCAUGAGGCAGCAGCCCUUCGCGCAGAAACAGCGCCUCAAGCCCGUGCAGAAGGUGGAGGGCGGCGUCACCAACGGGGUCUCGGCGGCGCCGGCCCCCCCGGGGGUCCCCGACAUCAGCGCCCAGGUGCAGCAGUACCAGCAGUUCCUGGACGCCUCCCGAGCGCUCCCCGAGUUCCCCGAGAUCGACGUCCAGGGCAAGGGGCUCCCCGAGGGCGCGGGCGCCGAGGACCUGCGGCUGUUCCAGCAGCUCUACCGGGAGCACUGCGAGGCCAUCGUGGACGUGAUGAUCAACCUGCAGUUCUCGCUGGUGGAGACGCUCUGGAAAAGCUUCUGGCGCUGCAGCGGCGACAGCGAGGCGCAGGAGGAGGCGGAGCGGCGCCUGCCCCCGGCGCGGCUGCUGCUGCUGGCGCGGCACGAGCCCGUGCUGCGCUGGGUGCGCGACUGCGACCACGCGCUCUACCAGGGGCUGGUGGAGAUCCUGGUGCCCGACGUGCUGCGCCCCAUCCCCAGUGCCUUGACCCAGGCGAUCCGGAACUUCGCCAAGAGCCUGGAGAGCUGGCUGGGCAACGCCAUGGUCAGCAUGCCCGAGGAGAUGGUGCGAGUCAAGGCGGCGGCGGCCGGAGCCUUCGCGCAGACGCUGCGGCGUUACACGUCCCUGAACCACCUGGCGCAGGCGGCGCGCGCCGUGCUGCAGAACACGGCCCAGAUCAGCCAGAUGCUCAGCGACCUCAACCGCGUCGACUUCGCCAACGUCCAGGAGCAGGCGGCCUGGGUUUGCCGCUGCGAGGGCGCGCGUGGUGCAGCGCCUGGAGCAGGAUUUCAGGCCACGCUGGGCCAGCAGCACUCCCUUGGAGCAGGGGCGGCCUGGCUGGACGCCGUGGUGGCCGGGUGCUGCGCCCGCACCUGGGCACACGCCCGGCCUGCCCGCGCCGCCAAGCUCUUCCUGCUCAAGUGGUCCUUCUACAGCUCGAUGGUGAUCCGGGACCUGACCCUGCGCAGCGCCGCCAGCUUCGGCUCCUUCCACCUGAUCCGCCUGCUCUACGACGAGUACAUGUACUACCUGGUGGAGCAGCGCGUGGCACGGGCGCGGGGCACCUGCCCCAUCGCCGUCAUGGGCGAGUUUGCCAACCUGAGCAGCUCGCUGAACUCGCAGGACCCCGACAAAGACGAGGAAGAGGAGGACGAGGAGGAGAGCGACGAAGAGCUGCCGGCAGAGCUGGGGCUGGGAGGGGCCGAGGGUCCCCCCGACGCCUUGGAGCCCCCCCUGGAGCCCCCCCUGGAGCCCCCCCCGGCCAAGCUGCCCCGGGCCGACCCCCGCGGGCUCUUCGUGCAGGCCCUGCCCUCCAGCUGAGCCCCCCGCCCCGGGGAGGGGGGACAAUGUGCCUUAAGCCACGCCGGGACCGUGCCAAAGCCCCCUCCCCCCGGCGGGAAAAGGGAUUUGGGGAUGGCCCCUCCCCCCCCCCCCCCGC